GGGAGAUCGACGUCGUCAUGGCGUAUGAUGCAGUGAUACACGGCAUCAUACGCCAAUAUUAUGGGAAGAACGGACGUGAUGGCAACACAACGACGAGCUGCCAACCACACCCACCAAUCGUCCCACCAGGGAGCCCAGACACUUCUAGAAUCAUAGACGGCAAGCACCUCGAGCCCAGUAUAUCGUGACAUUUUACGCUCUGAGCCAACUUAAGGUAUGAACAACGACGACAGCAGCAUCGAGACUCAGACACACCUCGACUCUCUCACCAUGGCACGAGACAUGAGUUUGAGUUCAACUUUUGGCUCACUGGCGACGGCGGCGGGCAAGCCCGGCGGGGAAUCGGGCUAUGAGCCGUGGUAUCCAAACAACGUACCCGUCGACUCGUCGGUCAAGCUGUUCAUUACCCGCUUCUUCGAAGUCUCGGACGAUCCGGACCGCAACGACGAGUGGGUCUACUUCUUCCGCGAAGAUGCGACGCUCAUUAUGAUGAAGGAUAUUGCCAAAGGCAAAGAUGAGAUCAGGAAACUAAGACGCGACAUGUGGAGAGACGUCGAGGCGCGCAAGCACCGGCUGGUCAAGUUGUUCCCGGCCAGCUUCUCGCCUGACCAGAAGGCGGUUAUGGUGAUGCAUGAAAAGGAGUUCAUGCUGUUUGGGGCCGUCGCGUACCGGAUGAAGGACGGAUCGGAAGCGGUGGCCGGGUUCGCUGCUCAUGCCCAGUUGCGGAGGGACAGCCUUAACGCGUCGUGGAAGUUUGUGUUCUAUAGGGUUUAUGUCCAGAAGUGAGAAUGGUGAGGCUGUGGGGUGGCUUGCUCCCUUUUUCCCACUCUACCUGACCUUAGUACCAUUCCCGGUUCUUGCCUCCCAGAAAGGGGUGGUUUGUCUGUCAUGUGGUCUCUCUUCCCCGCCCGUCAUG